GUUUGGCGAGCGAAGUGCCACCGUGUCCAAAGUGAGCAUACGCCGAGGCUGAAGACGUCUUGUUUACACUGGUUGUGCCAGGCCCGUAAAAGUCCCGUGGCCCACACCGAAGCUGUAGCGGGGUUUUAUUGUUCACGAUUUCUUCUUUCGUUACAAGGGUCAGUGUAUGAAACCUCCAAUCUGGAUCGAGGCGGUAGCAACAGGAAGAAGAAGAUAGAGGAAUUCUCUAGGUCUUCUCGGGAGAAACUAGUCCAGUCGAAGAACAAAAUGUUCUCCAAAUUUACGUCCAUUCUUCAGCACGCUGUGGAAGCGCUUGCCCCAUCGCUGCCCUUACAGGAGGACUUUGUCUAUCACUGGAAGGCCAUUACACAUUAUUACAUUGAGACUUCAGAUGACAAAGCCCCAGUCACAGACACCAACAUCCCAUCACACCUGGAACAGAUGCUGGACAUUCUGACUCAGGAGGAAGGGGAAAGGGAGUCUGGAGAGACAGGACCCUGCAUGGAGUAUCUCCUACACCAUAAGAUCCUGGAGACUCUCUACACCUUGGGAAAAGCAGAUUGUCCUCCGGGGAUGAAGCAACAGGUGCUUACCUUCUACACAAAGCUGUUAGCACACAUUCGUCAGCCUCUUCUGCCACACAUCAACGUCCACAGACCUGUACAGAAACUGAUCCGUCUGUGUGGGGAGGUGCUGGCUGCUCCUACAGAAAAUGAAGAGAUCCAGUUCCUUUGUAUAGUGUGUGCCAAACUGAAGCAGGACCCAUACCUUGUCAACUUCUUCCUUGAGAACAAGUUAAAGAGACCUGAGAUAAAGAGCCCUGCAGCGACAGAUGGGGUGAAGGAGAGCACGUUGGCUCCAGACACUGGUCAGUCUCUGGCAGAGGAGCAGGCCGACCGCCAAGAGGAGCCACAGGCUGCAGCUGCCGCCUCCACCUCCAGUCCAAGCAGUAAUAAUAACAACAGCAACAAUUACAAUCUGGUCAGCUCCCUGCUCAACCUCACAAAGAGCCCUGAUGGCAGGAUAGUAGUGAAGGCAUGUGAGGGCCUGAUGCUGCUGGUCAGUUUACCAGAGCCUGCUGCUGCCAAGUGUUUAACUGAAAACACUGAGCUCUGUGAGCUUUUGACCGACAGGCUGGUCUCCUUUUAUAAAGCCCUGCCACAGUCCAUGGACCCUUUGGACAUUGAAACAGUAGAGUCAGUCAACUGGGGUCUAGAUGUAUAUAACCUGAAGGAGGAUGCUGCCGUCUUCACAGGAAAGAGAGCCCUCAUCUCCUUCCUGUCCUGGCUAGAUUACUGCGACCAGCUCAUCAAGGAGGCUCAGAAGUCAGCAGCGGCAGUGAUGGCAAAAGCAGUGAGAGAAAGAUUCUUUGUGUCUGUGAUGGAACCACAGCUCAUGCAGACGUCGGAGGUGGGCAUCCUGACCUCCACAGCCCUCCUGAACAGGAUCAUAAGACAGGUGACAUCAGAAGCACUGCUGCAGGAGAUGGUUUACUUCCUGCUCGGGGAGGAGAGAGAACCAGAGACUUCAGCUACAAUCGCCCAGAAUCCUCUCAGACACAGACUCAUCGAGCACUGCGAUCACCUGUCAGAUGAGAUCAGCAUCAUGACACUGCGGCUAUUUGAGCAGCUGAUUCAGAAGCCCAACCAGCACAUCCUCCACAGCUUGGUGCUGCGUAGCCUGGAGGAGAGGAACUACAUGGAGAACAAACCACAGGAGGAGCGGGAGCCACUGGAGAAUGGCCAGCCCCAUGAUGCUGUAGACCUUGAGGAAGAUCCACUUUUUGGCGAUGACCUCUCUCCAAACAGCAGGCUUUCUGGCUCUGAUUGGCUCAGCUCCUCUCCACCACAGAGUCCCGACCACUCAAAGUCUGAUGGGAAGACAGAGGUGCACAAGAUUGUCAACAGUUUUCUGUGUUUGGUGCCUGAUGAGGCCAAGUCCUCGUAUCAUGUUGAAGGCACAGGCUACGACACCUACCUCAGAGAUGCACACAGACAGUUCAGGGACUAUUGCGGCGUCUGCCAGCAGUGGGACUGGAGGGGAAAUCCAAAGCCUUUUGAGAAGUGUAACUUAGACAGCCCCUUCUUCGAGGGCCACUUCCUCAAAGUUCUCUUCGACAGGAUGGGCCGCAUCCUAGAUCAGCCCUACGACGUGAACCUGCAGGUGACCGCGGUGCUGUCCAAGCUGUCUUUGUUACCACACCCACACUUGCACGAAUACUUGCUGGACCCUUAUAUCAACCUGGCCCCUGGCUGCAGAUCUCUGUUUUCUGUCAUCGUCAGGGUUGUUGGAGAUCUCAUGUUGAGGAUUCACCGCAUCCCAGACUUCACACCCAAACUGCUGCUUGUGAGGAAGAGAUUAUUAGGCCUGGAGCCAGAGGGCAUCAAUAUCGACCACAUGACGCUGCUGGAGGGAGUGAUCGUGCUGGAGGAGUUCUGCAAAGAGCUGGCAGCCAUCGCCUUCGUCAAAUACCACGCAGCUGCCUCGUCCUCGCCGUAAUCUUCCUGCUGUUCAGCCAUCUGCCUCGGCCAGGCAGACAGGUCAGGGUGAAACUGGGCCUUUGGGGGGGGUGUGGUGGUACCGGUGGCACAGGGUCGGCAAAAAUAAUACCACUAACUGGUCAUCCCCGCAAGACUGUUAAAGCCCACGCGGACGGGUUUCAUCACUCCCCUUCCUCUGACCUCUCAGGUUCCUUGAGCAGGUCAGAGCACAGGCACUGCCCAGCCAGCAGAGGAAGAGGAGGAGGAAGAGGAGGAUAGAGGACGAGGUGCAAAGAGAUGUUCACUGGACUCUUUUCAGCCUCUGCAAUUUCUCUCACUGCCCCCCCACCCCCCUUCCAUCUUUCUUUUUCACCAGCCAAAUUAUGAUUGCCCUGUAAUUAUUAUAUCAAGGAAAAAAAAGAUGUUUGUAUAUUUAUUUUCUGUCCCAUUACCACCCAUUUGUAAAUGUCAUUGCCUUAGUGUGGAAUCACACCUUUCAGUUACAGAAAAUUUGUUUCCUUUUGAAACAUUUUUAUCUUAACCCCUCACAUGUUGUCUGUUUGAAGACAAGAGGCUGUAGAGAAAAAAACCCACUACCUUGAACCCACAUCUGUACUUGUAGUUACGUACAUAAUGACCUGCAGUAUUUAAGAUACUGCACUCGUGUUUUAAAUGCCAAGUCAUCUUAUUUAUUUGUUUGCUUUUCAGGUUGCCUUUUUAACUAGUGUCGUAUUAAGAUAAAUGAAUCUAAGCAGUCGGUGUAAUGGCUGGCUGACUAAGCAGACGCUAUUUACUUUAUUCUCAUUUGCUUAUCUUGUCUUUAAGUGCUUGUGUUCUCAAAGCUCAUCCGUAAUCACCGUCACCCAAAGAUGUCACCAUCCAUCGCAUUUUGUUAAAUGACAUGGUGAAUUUUGCAAAUUAAGUUGCACAUGGACCUCAUUGCAUUGCACUUGUUACAUUAUGAGUUCAUUUGUGUUUUGUUUUUGGUUUUUCAGGAAAUGUCAAGUCAGCAUUUCUGAAAAGAAACAUCUUGCUUUGGAUUCCAUCUUAAGUUUGUGUUUUGAAAGAUCCAGUGUUGCAUUUUUCACACACCAGUAUUUGUUAUACUUAAGGAGAGACUCUGUGUUCUUGUUUUUUGUUUUUGCACCCUUUCUCAAUAGUUCUUAGUAAUUUAUUUGCUCUAUUCAGGAGAAAGUGCAGAGGAACAGACCUCUUGGUUUUACUAACCAGUGUCUUAAGUGCAUCAUUAACGUAGGACAUACUGUAGCUUCAUGCAGUGGUUCCCAUCCUUUCGUGGCUUGAGCCUGCUAAACAAAGCAAUGUCUGCAAUUUAGACUUUGCAGAUUGUAGCUUUUAUCCAGAAUUAUCCAAAAACUCAAAAGAACAACCACAAAAAUGAGAAGGAAGUCUGACAAAGAAAUGAUAAUUUAUCUCAUGACUCACUAGAUUUAUCUCAAAAUUACUUUCCCACUUUGGAAACCACUGUACUACAGUAUGUUCAUAGCUCUGGGUUCCACCAUAGGUUAUCAUGACUACCUACAAGGUGUUGCGUUUACUAGCAGUAUUACUUUUUCAUCCUGAUCUUGAACGACGAGGAAAAGUACUCUCAGUGCCGUGUGUUGUUGGAGCGGGCUGUGUGGUUGGAUAUUCCCUGGAGGGUGUCUGUAGCUUCAAAUCAGAGCCUCGCUUCACACAUCAGUGAUUAAUUACAAAAGAUUUACUCUAAAUCAAGAUGCUACUAAAUGUAACUUUGCUUUUUGUGUUGUGUUCCUGGCGUGGAUGUUUGUAUUCUGUUAGUGGGUCUAAUUGGGGUUGUUUGUGUGCGUGUGUGGCCUCUUAUUGCUGAGAAUGGACAGUCAUUCAUUGAAGCCAUGAAUCCCUGGUGUUCAGCCUUGUUUUGUUUUUUUCCCCUUUUCUCCUGGUCCCACCUCAAACCCAUCCCUCAAGCACCUAAGCUGCAUUAUGCAAUUGCUUGCAUGGAAUCAGAUUUGCACAUUGUCUUCAUCCUUGUUCGUAAUGUAAAUAUACACAAAAAAGGC